AUGGCAGCCCCUUUCCUUGCCAAAAACCACCAUAACCACCCUACAAACACCCAUUCUCCUCCCCCACAACCAUCCUCAACCAAAGCAAUUGUCCAACUCUCCCACUCUUCACCCAUUUUCAGCCGUCUCUCUCUCCUUCACUACUGCAACUUCUCUCUCACUAGCACACCUCCUCACAUACCACACAUCACACCGAUACAAAAGCUUCCCCACACCUAA